GACAGCAGUGUGCACGCGGGAGCGCGAGGGACGUAUUCAGGAGCACACAGGAGCUUUUUAGACACCUCAACAUGAAGACUUCGUUUUUCCUUCUGGUGGCUUCCUUCUGCCUGCAGAUGUACCAGCCGACAGACGCGUGUACGUGCGUGAUGUGGCAUCCGCAGGACGCGUAUUGCCACGCAGACAUCGUGAUCCGAGCAAAAAUUGUGGGCAAGAAACUUCUGAACGAGGACGAGCCGUUUGGCAUCCUGCGCUACACCAUCAAACAGACGAAGAUGUAUAAGGGCUUUGAUAAGAUGCAGCACGUGCAGUACAUCUACACGUAUAAUUCAGAUGGCUUGUGUGGAGUCAAGUUUGACAUCAACAAAUACCAGUACCUCAUCACAGGUCGUGUUCAGGAUGAUAAGGUUUACACGGGACUGUGUAACUUCAAUGAGAGGUGGGAGCGUCUGACUCUGGCACAGAAGAAGGGCAUCAACCAUCGCUACCAGCUGGGCUGUAGCUGCAGGAUCAAGCCCUGUUACAACGUGCCGUGCUUUGUGACCUCCAAGAACGAAUGCCUGUGGACGGACGUGCUGUCCCACUUCGGCUAUCCCGGUUACCAGACCCGCAACUACGCUUGCAUCCAGCAGAAGGAAGGUUACUGCAACUGGUAUCGGGGUAUGACCACUCGAGACAAAGUGACCAUCAACACCACCGACCCCUGAACACGCCAAACAUCACGUCUGCUUCCCCUUCCCCAGCCUACAGUUCCCCGAGAAAGACGACUCCCGCCGACCUCGCCAAUUUCUAAUAGCACUUACUGUGGCGCCUGUGAUUCAUCAAGAAUUGCAUCAAAUGUUGCCGUGUGAGACCUGGUGCAAUUAAUGCGACACAUCAGAAGGCACGAACUGAUACUCCUAAACAUAAUCCAUUGAGAAGAUUUUAUUAAAUAUUAAAUAAUUUAUAAAGGCAAUAAUAUACGAACCUGCCGCAAUAAAAAAAAAUUAUAAUAAUAUUUUUUUUUUUUUUUAGUGAUGUAUUGCUUUUUAAACAUAAAGAAUAACUGCUAUUGUACGUGUACGGAAAUAUACAUUAUGUCCAAGAUAUAUACUGUUAAGUACUUAUUUAUUAAUUCUCUCUGCUUACCUCUGGAUUGUGCUGUAAUGUUUAGUUUCAUCAAACGGCGCUAGUAAUAUAGCUAUAUAUGCUUUAGGGCUGAACGAUUAAUCAAAAUAAAACCAAAAUCACGAUAAGACCCAGUGUCGAGGAUUGCGAUUUAAUUAAAGAGCACCUAUUAUGUUUUUUUCCAAAUAUUAUCAUUCAUGAAGUGUGUUAGAGCUGUUUGUGAAUGUAAAAAAGUCUGCAAAGUUUUCACAAAUUUGGGAGUUAUUGACUCCCAAACGAAAGAACCGAUUCUGAACACCUGAAACGAGUCGUUAGUAAAUGCAGACUUCCUGUACUAACCUACGUAAUUCGGUAACAAUAAACCAACCCGCCUCCGGUCUUCAUUGGCUGCUCGCGACUUUGGCCCGCCCACAAACACUACACUAAGCGGUAGACCAAUCACAACAGUCUGGGACAUUUGACCAAUCAGAGCAGAGUAGGCUCUCUGAAAGGCGGAGUUUAGAAUGAAUGGUUUAGGAUGGACCAAUCAGAGCAGAGUAGGCUCUCUGAAAGGAGGAGUUUAGAACGAACCAAUCAGAGCAGAGUAGGCUCUCUGAAAGGAGGAGUUUAGAACGAACCAAUCAGAGCAGAGUAGGCUCUCUGAAAGGAGGAGUUUAGAAUGAACCAAUCAGAGCAGAGUAGGCUCUCUGAAAGGAGGAGUUUAGAAUGAACCAAUCAGAGCAGAGUAGGCUCUCUGAAAGGAGGAGUUUAGAAUGAACCAAUCAGAGCAGAGUAGGCUCUCUGAAAGGCGGAGUUUAGAAUGAACCAAUCAGAGCAGAGUAUGCUCUCUGAAAGGCGGAGUUUAGAAUGAACCAAUCAGAGCAGAGUAUGCUCUCUGAAAGGCGGAGUUUAGAAUGAAUCCUUUAGAACGGAUCAUUGAGUUGUUUUUGACACUGGGGAAAUAAUGGUAAUGCUGCAAUUUAAAUUGAGCAAAUUAAAGUGUUUUUUGACUUUGGAUGAAUGUAAAUUUAUAGUAUGAGACCUUUAAAACAAAAUUAGACACGUUUAAAAACCAUAAUAGGUGCUCUUUAAGUAAAUAAAUAGUCUGAACGCGCUGUUGCUAGAGUUCGGGGUGCUUCCGUGCACGGAGCGCAUUAUAUUUAAAGCGCCCCAGAAUGACUUUAAUGUUUGGCUGCUACAAUUUACUCUAAAAAUGUGAAAUAACCCCAUGACAGCGGGUUUGGGCAGCAAGGCAGAUAAGAGCAUUUCACUGCAUUAAAAUGCUGCUACAAACAACAGAAACUUGCUUCCUUCAGUUUUCAAAAUAAAAGCUUUUGCCAAAAUAAAGGCUAAACUGCCACAAGCAAGUUUUUAAAGUAUUAAAGAAUUAAAUUACUCUUAAAUAAUAAGUAUUAUUAUCGUAAUUUAUUAUACAUGAUUAUUAUAAUAAAAUAAUAUAUUUCUAUAACUUAAACGGAAUAGUUAACCCAAAAAUAAAAAUUUGCUGAUAAUUUACUCGCCCUCUUUUUUUGUGUUUCAUUUCAGGCCUCCUCCUUUAAACAAUGCAAGUGAAUGUGUGUGAAAAGUGUCGUUUUAUUUCUAAAAAUAAUCAAUCGUUUGGAGUCCUGUGGAUUAUUUUGAGGCCUGAAAUAAAAUCCUUAAAUCUUAAAUUCAGUUUUGAUGAAGAAAGAAACUAGUGAGUAAAUUAUCAGCAAAUGUUCAUUUUUGAGUGAACUAUUACUUUAACAUUAUUAUAAUAUUGCGAUAAUAUUCAAAAAAUAAUGAUAAGUAGGGCUGAACAAUUAAUUGAAAAUCUAAUCGUGAUUACGUACAGUUGCGUCAACGGUUUCUAUUUACAACGUAUUUUUGCAGCGGUUGAGUGUUCUAACCAAUCACAGACAUCUCCGUUGAGCAAUGGAACGGCAAUAGCCAAUCAGAGCCGCUUAGAUUAGUCCUCCGUCAACUGAUCCAAAUGCGCAACUUUUAAACCGUCUGAAUGCCCAGAUGUUUGUUGUAUGUUCCAGCUCUUAAUACUGAAGAAACAUCGCCUGACACUCGAAAAGAAGCUGUAGAACGAGAACGCAGCUCGUAUCCACCAUUGAAAUCUGCUACUCUGAAGAACAGCGCGGUUGCUUGCUUUGUGACGUCACGUCUGCAUCGUGAGGUCCCCGUCUGUUUUACGCUUUCAUUUAAUUCGUUUAUUAUUAUAAUGAUCCCAAUUACAUUCGUCUAAAUGGUUCCGCCCUAAUAUGUGAAUAAACUGUAAGCGCAGCUAAAACUGAACCUUCCAGCACAAACAUAGAGAAACUCUCGAGUUGAGCAAUUGAUGCAUUUUAUUCGUUUCGUUGGUUUGUUUCUCUUGCUGUUUAUGACUAUAAGCUGAGAUUGAUUUAGUAUUUUUGUACUUAAAGAAAAAAAAAAUGUAGACCCACAAGAGUCCAGACAACAUCUAAUUUUAUUUGUAUUUAUGCACCUUUUAAUCUGAGAAAGCAUAAAAUAGAAACAAACUAGCCAUCACUGCUAACCUAUAUUACAAAUGUAAUAUAUAUAUAUAUAUACACACAUGCAUAUGUGCCAACAUUCAAUUCUACUUUUAACAUGUUUAGGGUACGCUGGAACAUACAGUGGUCUUGGUUGUGAAUGCAAUAGUAUAAAUGUGCAUUGAGUGUAUCAUAUAGAACAGCUUGAAUAAUUUAGCAUUACCACUGAACUGAUUAUGUUGGGUUCAUUCCUCCGCUUUAGGCAGAAAUGACUGCGAUUAGAUGUUAUACUGCAGAUCUAGAGAAAUGUUAAUCAAUGCAGAUGUAAACAUGUCCUGCAAUAGUAUAAGAGCGUUCAUCUCCGCGUCCAACUCAUGUUUUUAUAACAUGUAAAACACACAAACAUCCUGGUCAAAUCAGUCCUGUUUUACGCUCAUUUAAGAUGCAAAUAUGUUGUUUAAUGUGUGUGUGUGUGUGCACGUGUAUUCUAUAUGUGUGCAUGCAUGCAAUAUGUGUUUGUGCGUGUAUACCGUAUGUGCGUGUGUGUAUACCGUAUGUGUGCAUGCAUGCAGUAUGUAUGCAUGUGUGUGUGCAUACAUACUGUAUGUGUGCAUGUAUACCGUAUGUGUGUGUGUGUGCAUGUAUACCAUGUGUGUGCAUGCACUCCGUAUGUGUGCGUGCAUGCAUUAUGUAUGCAUGUGUGCGUGCAUGCAGGAUGUAUGCAUGUGUGCGUGCAUGCAGCAUGUGUGUGUGUGCAUGCAUGCAUUAUGUAUACGUGUGUGUGCAUAACGUAUGUGUGUGUGUGCGUGCAUGCAGUAUGUAUGCAUGUGUGCGUGCAUGCAGUAUGUAUGCAUGUGUGUGUGCGUGCAUGCAGUAUGUAUGCAUGUGUGUGUGUGCGUGCAUGCAGUAUGUAUGCAUGUGUGUGUGCGUGCAUGCAGUAUGUGCGCGUGCGUGCAUGCAGUAUGUGUGCGUGCGUGCAUGCAUUAUGUAUACAUGUGUGUGUGUGCAUGCAUUAUGUAUACAUGUGUGUGUGUGCAUGCAUUAUGUAUACAUGUGUGUGUGUGCAUGCAUUAUGUAUACAUGUGUGUGUGUGCAUGCAUUAUGUAUACAUGUGUGUGUGCAUGCAUUAUGUAUACAUGUGUGUGUGUGCAUGCAUUAUGUAUACAUGUGUGUGUGUGCAUGCAUUAUGUAUACAUGUGUGUGUGCAUACCAUAUGUGUGUGCGCGUGUAUGCAAACCAAUUCCUAAAGAGGUGACCAUUUUUCAAAAUGGGGUUUCAAGAAUGUUUUGAUUUUUCAUUUCUGUUUUAUAUUUUUAUAAUAAAUAUUGUGAAAACGGC